CGCGUAGUGAACAGCUGAGCGCGAGCUGGAGCGCGGAACAGCUAGGUCCGCUCUACCUUACAGUUUCAGGACAAAACAACACUGUCAUCACUGGGGACAUAAACGCGCAUUUCACUGAAUUACGUUCAGUUAUUACGCCAGAUGAGAAACACUCUAUAACCACACCGGCAUCAUCUGUCUGCUGCCAUGACGACGGGCUGCUGCAGCCACUUUCCUGAGGUGUUAAUGGACCAUUCAGAUACUACGCCUCUCAGAAGCUCUACGGGACACGAGUCUGCUCCAAUGGAGAGCUCAGACAGCUGUGAACCCGCCCUUCCAGGAAAAGCUAUGGACUCUGAGACAAAUUCAGCGAAUGAGGAGGCACAGUAUUGGAAACACAUGGCAGCAAAGGAUGGACAACUUAUGAACAGUGCAGUAUUAGCCAAACAGAGUGCUCUAGUGGAGAGACCCAUGUGUAGGAUCUGCCAUGAUGGAGGGGGACAGGAGGAGCUGCUGUCCCCAUGCGAGUGCACAGGGACACUGGGCACCAUUCACCGCAGCUGCUUGGAGCACUGGCUCUCAGCCUCCAGCACCAGCUUCUGUGAGCUCUGCCAUUUCCAGUUCAGUGUGCAGCGCAAGGCACGACCUCUCCUUGAGUGGCUCCGUAACCCCGGGCUGCGCCAGGAGAAGCGCACGCUGUUCGGAGACAUGGUGUGUUUCCUGCUGAUCACGCCAUUAGCCACCAUCUCAGGCUGGCUGUGUCUUCGGGGAGCUGUGGACCACCUUCACUUCUCCAGCAGACUGGAGGCUGUGGGUCUGAUUGCUCUCACUGUAGCGCUCUUCACCAUUUACCUCUUCUGGACCCUGGUGUCUCUCAGGUACCACUGCCGUCUGUAUAAUGAAUGGCGUCAGACUAAUCAAAGGGUGGUGCUUCUGCUUCCCACGUCCUGCGGUGAUUCACUGGGAAAUCCGUCAGUGACAGGCCUGCUGAGCAUAAAACGACCGUCCAAAGAAUCUAUAGUGUGACCACAUUUUUCAGUCUACAUAAACUCUAAUAGAGUGCACAGAGGAUUGUCCUGAGAGGAUGGGCCAAGGACUGUGAGAAGAAACAGUGCCACUGAUGACACUCAUGAUUCUCCUGUUUAAUUCUAAAAAGGCUACUGAGGAACUGUGGAUGCAUUUCAGAGCUUUGAAGGAAACCAGCUGCCUGUAGACUUGAUGUUAGCAAGUUGCUAACCUUAGCUGUGGAGGGACGUUAAGGACUAUUUAAUACGUUUCGUCUUCUGAUUACUCAACAGUAUGGACCCAUACCUUUUCUGUUUUGUCUUUGGACUUAUAUCUACAUAAAUAUAUAUAUUUGGGAUGUUGACAAAUGUCCAUUAACAUCCUACUGAGGUUUUAUUUUCAAGCUCCUGUAUAGUAAAUCUGCUAAGUAGACACUUUCAGUUAUUUAUGACUCUAACGUUCUCACUUUCUGACAUUCUUGGUUUUUUUUUUUUGUUUGUUUUGUUUUUUAAAGCACACAUUAUUUGUUUCUCUCUGUGAAAAGGAGACUUUGAAAUUUGUAAAUGGAAUACAUGUAAUGUUUUUACAUAAGGCUUCCCCAAUCAUGGAAUCUGCAAUAUAAAUGAUUUUCCUGCUUU